UGAUUACUACCUGCAUCUUCCCACGCACUUCUGCUUGCGGCGGCAUCAUCACUUCACCCGGCCAGGAAGCUCGAAGAAAACCCCGUAAUCCUCCGAAAAUCCCAAAAUGAGCUUAGUAAGAAACUCAAUCAGAUCCAACUUCAAUGUCAGCGCUUUUAAGCCAAACCAUGCAAUUUCUUUCUGCCUCCGCCAUUCGUCCAAGCAUUUAUCCACUGAAGCGGAGCAACCACCACUUCCACAGGAUUCAUCAGAACAUCCUUUUCUCCGAACUACCGGCGCUGGUACGGUUUAUGCCAAGUUGUUUGGCAUCACAAAAAACACAUUGAAGACUGACAUUAUCAAUAUGCUUGAUGGGAGUAAUUUGACCCCUGAUGAUAUUAAAGUCAGCUACAACCGCGACUUUAUGCCUGUUGGAAUGAUGCUACAAUUCCCUUCUUAUUCUGCAUUUGAUAAUGCAUAUAAGGCGAUGAGCUUACCUAAUAUCAAUGCUUGA